AUGACAUUUUCUCAGGCUGUGACGCCCGCUGCUGACGAGGCCAAAUUCCAAAAAUACGAACCAUUGAUCGAAAAGUACAAUCAAGAUAAAUGGGCUCAGAUUGAAAGAUUUGAUCCACAUUUCUAUAAGCUUUGCUUAUCCAAGCUACCAAAAGAAUGUGAACUAGACUCAGAACCUAUCAACGCGACACAAUUUGUAACUGAAAAGGAGUAUGGCCUUCUAUCUAAUUUAGAAUACAAGAUUGUUAACGCAUACACAAUGAGUGAGUUGCUUGCCAAACAACGGUCGGGUGAACUGAGCGCAGAAACUAUAGCGAAAUCUUACAUUAAAUCCGCUAUAAUCGCCCAGUUUACUACAAAUGCAGCCAUGCAAUUUUUGAUUCCGCAAGCGUUAGAGAAGGCCAAACGACUAGACGGUCAUCUUAAAAGAACAGGUGAAUUAAUUGGCCCCAUGCACGGCAUUCCAAUAUCUCUAAAGGAGCACAUGAAUUAUGAAGGUCAAAUAACAACUGCCUCUUAUGUAUCUUUGAUUGACAACGUUGUGAAGGAAAGCGCUGUAACGACUCAAAUAUUUGACAAGCUAGGCGCAGUUUUUCACGUUAGAACUUCGCAACCACAGUGCAUCAUGCACCUUGAUACUUGGAACAACAUCAGUGGCAGAACAAGAAAUCCCCUUUCCACAAGGUUGUCCCCGGGUGGAUCCUCCGGUGGUGAAAGUGCAAUGGUCGGUAUGCAUGGAUCAGUCAUUGGUGUUGGCUCCGAUAUUGGUGGUUCGAUCAGAUGUCCCUCGGCAUUUGCCAACCUUUUCGGUUUGUGCCCAACAACGAAGAGGCUUUCGUCUAUGCACUGCGUGUCGGGAGGCCGUGGCCAGGAAUCUAUCCCAUCAACAGAGGGACCCCUUGCAAGGUCCAUCGAGGAGUUGGAAUACUUCAUGGACUCCUAUAUCAACCAUGGUAAACCGUGGGAAUAUGACCCAACCAAUGUGCCGAUUCCAUGGAAACCCGCCUCUCUGCCAGCGGAUAGGAAGAUCAGGAUCGGCGUUCUCUCCACUGACAACCUCGUGACCCCAUACCCUGCAGUCACGCGUGGAAUCAACGAAACCGUCGCUGCACUACUCGAAUCUGCGAAAUUCGAGUUUGUCGACCUUACUCCGCAUUGGUUCACGGAAACCGAAAUGGAGGAAAUCUACAACUGCAACCUCAAACUCUACACCGUAGACGGCAACCAGCAACAGCUAGAACUGGUAGAACCCAGUGGCGAACCCGUGUUGCCACUGACCAAGCAUUUUCUCGAGUUCGGCGGCGGCAACGAGCUGUCCGUCUACGAGAACAAAAAGCUGAACAUCAAGAGAGAUUCCGUCAGACUCGCCGUCUUCGAGAAGUUCUUCUCACGCAAGCCUGGAAGCCUUAACGUAGAUUUCAUCUUAUCGCCGACCUACGUCGGACCAAGCGAAAUCCCCGGACAAAGUCUGUACUGGGGCUACACCUCCUUCUGGAAUCUCACCGAUUACCCUAACGUGGUGUUCCCAACAGGACACACACACGACAAGGCCAUCGACACUUUCGAAGCGCCUGACAAGCUAAGAGGCAACAAAUACGAAAAGAUGGUGUGGCUGAACGAUGACGCCAAGACUUUAAAAUACGACCCCGAACACUACGUUGGCGGCCCUGUCGCAUUGCAACUCACCGGCAGAAGGUUUCAUGACGAAGACGUUGUUGCUGCCGUCAAACUAAUCUCGGAUACCUUGAAACUCUCCAGAAGAUAA